AUUAAAGAUUGCCCCGCAGUUACAGAACGAAAUGAAAAAUAAAAUAAAAUAAAAUAAAAUUUAAUCAACUCAACUCUGUUCUACACUUGAUUCUGCGUUAGGUACAAUACCUAUAAGUAGGUAGUCAUGGCUGGUAAUAACGCAGCCGGCGACUCUAUCGAGUCUUUGAAAACGGUAGUACAAUCUACGAUAGACCUCAUUUCUCAGCUCGAAGCGCUUCUUCAUGACGGCGCUUCCGAAACUGCCACGGCGCCAUCGUCGUCGUCGUCGCUACCGUCACCACCGUCACAAUCCUCGUCAAUCAAACCAGUAGAUCCUCUUUCCCUCGCCCACGACUCCGCCACUUUAAUAAAGGCUCACACAACGAAGCUAUCUCUGCUCAUUAUCAACAAACCCUUCACCCCCUCGGCUAUAAUUAAGGUCCUUCAAGAGCUCGUUGCUGGUCCUAUCCCUGCUCUCGCUUCCGCCGUCCAAGUUUGCGACGUCAACAAAUAUACUACUGUGGCUCGCCAAGACCUUUCUUGGCGAUGCUAUAGAGUGUUGAAAGAGCUCAAGAGCUUCGUCGGCAUUAUACCUCUGGAUGGAAAUGUUCUGUCUAAUGAGCAGAAGAACGGUACCCAGGGAGGAAAGGGCAGUAUGGCCACUACUGGCGUCAUAUGGGCUGCUUGCGACGACGUAAUUCUUCUCAAGAACCUGGGUAUUGCCGGACUGCUUGUCAGGAAGGUGGAGGAAUACAGGGAUACCUUGAAGGAUAUCCUGGAAGAAUUGAAGGAAUACAGCGAGGAAGUUGACGAGGGCGAGGACGAGGACGGUGCGAAUGAGAAUGGGAACGAGGACGAUAUCAACAAUGUCACGAACCAGAUCCAAAACACGCACAUCUCGACGCAGGAGAUGCUCGAUGAUCUCAUGAAUCCCCGCCACAUACCCAGAGAUGACCCGGACAAGUUUAGAGAACGUCUUGAGUCUUGUAUGAAACGGCUACGACUCACUACUCUACUUUAUACCGCUAUCGUGAAGAGGCGGCUCAAAACUCUACCACCGCUCCCCAAUACUACAGAGAUACCGGUCGCCCAACGCCUUGAUGAAGUAUUUCCUUUACUAAAGAGACUACCGCACCGAUUCGGCGAAGUGGCCUGCGCAUUCUACGAGCUAGAUCGCGACUCUAUCGACCGUGCCGUGGAUUCUUGCUUCUUCGACGCUUUUGCCGCGUCAGAGAUGCUCAUGAAACCCUGGGAAGGUCAAAGAGACGAAUUCACCGACUGGGCAGAGAAAUUCCAAGUCGGAAUUAAAAAACCAGACUAGGUGUGCCGUACCAACUGAGUAAAUUUUGAGAAGAAGAUAUAUAUACAUAUUGCCCGUCAAGAUUAAAGGAUGAAGUACCUCUCCGGAGCUAGGGCAUACUAGGAAUUCAAAACUAGCAGACACGAACUUCCCGCAGCCGCACUCUGAAUAGGAUAUCUCAUCACACCUGGAUCGCGACCGCGUUGAAGUUAACCUUAUUCCGCUUGUCAGUUCCGCGUACACAAAUGACAUGCCAUGGACUGGGGGGCUUACAUGACCUGAAGAUGGACAUUCAGUUGAGAUCG